GCAACAUUGGAAAACUCCGGUCGGAAUCUUGUACCUAUUUUUCGGCUAUCAUCAUUGAAUUUGAAUCGAAGCACACCACCCACGCAUACGUUCGUUGAUUCAUGUUCUGUUCUGUUCCUUUUCUAAACCCAACACAACAUCGUGUCCUUUUCUUCUCUUCGAUCCACUACGUGCCUGUUCCUCUGCUUCAGGCACAUACUCCUGCAGGUUAAAUGGCAAGGAUCAAACCUCAGGCUCUGCUACAGCAAAGCAAAAGGAAGAAGGGUCCUUCAAGGAUAAGCGCCGCGACUGUUAUAUUUUAUUUCUUGAUUCUUGCCUUGCUUGGGUUUUUCCUGUUUGCUUCGUACAGACAUUGGUCCAGCAGGUCAAGAUUGCAAUCAGAAGAUCACUUGUCAGUCUCCGAGGGUGAAAAUACUUUUGUGGACUCCAAGAAAUCUGAGCUGCCUGGAUAUGCUGUUUUAAAUACCUCUAAAGGUUCUAUAAUAAUAGAACUGUACAAGGAAAGUGCUCCUGAAGUUGUUGAUGAAUUCAUUGACUUAUGUCAAAAAGGGCACUUCAAGGGGAUGCUUUUUCACAAAGUAAUUAAGCACUACGUGAUUCAGGCUGGGGAUAACCAAGGACAAGGAGCUACUGAAGACUGGAACUUGAGAGGAAAGCAACAUACAAUUACUAGUAUGAAACAUGAAGCAUUCAUGCUUGGAACUUCCAAGGGCAAACACCACAACAAGGGAUUUGAUCUUUUCAUUACAACUGCACCAAUACCAGAUCUAAAUGAGAAAAUUAUUGUGUUUGGGCAAGUCAUCAAGGGAGAGGAUGUUGUCCAGGAAAUUGAAGAAGUGGAUACAGAUGAACAUUACAAGCCUAAAGUAUCUAUCGGGAUACUUGAUGUGACUCUUAAACAAAAGGUCUGAAGGUUCUCUGCUAGAUCAAGAUCAUAAUUAGCUGUGAUACUUAGUCAUAACCUGUUUUCGGGGACACUGGUCAAGUCUUUUUGUAUAGGGAUGAACCUUGAGAAUUUUGCCUGGGGUGCAUCUAUCAAGUGUUUGAGCCUUGAUGUUGUUUUUGCUAUUGCAUUUUUAGUUAACACAGGGAUUAUGCAAUCUCCUUUCCUUACAUCCUGUCAUUUUAUCUGUUUGUUUUUCUUUCUUUUCUUUGAAAAAAUUGGGGGGCGGGUUAGGUUUGUUGGAAGGGUUUUGCAUUUUGCUUGUAAGGUUUGGUAAUAUCACAUUUUUUUUUGGCAUUACUUUUCAUUUGUAACCUCAAUGAGAUCACAGGAUCACUUCCUUAUGCAGUUCAUGACUUAAUGUAUCAUUUGUGUUUCCAUUGAUGGCCAAUUUGGCGGUGAGUCAGAAUGGUAAAGCUUUGUAAGUCAUAUUUUCAUUUGGCUAUAAAAGUCAACCAUUAACAUCA